AGCUCAGCAGACGGUGCCCGGCGCGCUCGGUUGGCGGAGGGUCUCUCGGCGUUUGCGCACACAGUCUGCCCCUGCUCGGGGGUCGUCACGAUGGGGACCCCAAGGAGUCGGGGGCGCCUGGCUUGGAUCGCCGCCCUUCUCCUCCAGCUGAUCUUCUCCUCCGUCCCGGCGCAGGGGACAGGGAAGCUUUUUGGAGAGCCUGAACAGGUCCGCAUGACCUCCGAAGGCGCCAACUGCCGUUGCAAAUGCAUCCUGCGCCCCCUCAGCAAAGCCGCCUGCGACCGCCUCCAGGAAGGCAGCAGGAGAGGGGAGGACUUUUACACUGUGGAGACGGUCAGCUCGGGCAGCGACUGCCGCUGCUCCUGCGCUGCCCCCCCAGCCUCGCUCAACCCCUGUGAGGAGGAGUGGAAGACGGAGAGGCUUAAGAAGCAGGCCCCUGAACUUCACAAGCUGCAGUCCAUCACCGACCUCCUGGAAGGUGCCCUCUACAGCAUGGACUUGAUGAAGGUCCAUUCGUACAUCAAAGAGGUGGUGGAGCAGAUGAAUACCUUGGAAGAGACGGUGAGGAGUAACCUGAGCCGCGACAGCAACGUGGUGAAGGAGAGCGUCCUCCACUUGACGGACCAGAUGAAGCGCUACGAGAACUACUCGGACAUCGUGCUAGGCCUGAAGAAGGAGCUUUCAAAUCUGGAGCAUCAGCUGCUCCAGAAAGAUGCCUCCGUCACAAGUCCAGAGCACAAGGCGCAGGACACAGCAAGGCACAAGGAGAGCGUUCAGAAAUACGCCGGUCCUCGGAAAAGUCUGGGGGACAAAGAGAUCCCCAAAAUUCCCAGGGAGAAGGCAGAAAAAACGAGGAAGGAAAGUGCCAAGGGCAGGACGGGUCUCCCACCACCCACUUCUAAGUCCAAUUCCUCCAGGGAACGGACUGCCAUCCGGGGCCACCUGUACUACAAAGCGGGGCACCGAGCAGGAGCAGAGGGGGUGGCAAGCAGCCACGAAAACCCCGGGAAAGAAGCUGGACUCAAACCACUGGACCAAGAGACCCUCCCCAGGUCAGGAGAAAGUCCUCCUACCUCUUCCCCUGACAACGCCACCUCCAUGGCCCCCACCACCAGCAUCGGUGCCACGCUCCAAAGUCGACGUGGCCCUCCUCUGCUCUCCAGGAAACGUGGCAACGUUCCCGAGGUCCCUCCCCCGCCCAGCCACGCCCACGAGGCCUCGUGCGAGGGGACCCUAAAGUCGGUGGAGCCCCCCGAGAAGCAGCACAGCUACGGUCGUAACGAGGGCGCCUGGAUGAAGGACCCGGCAGCCACCGAUGACCGGAUCUACGUGGCCAACUACUAUUACGGGAACAGCCUGCUGGAAUUCCGCAAUUUGGAGAAUUUCAAGCAAGGGCGUUGGAGUAACCUCUACAAGCUCCCCUACAACUGGAUCGGGACCGGCCACGUGGUGUAUCAAGGCUCCUUUUACUACAACCGAGCCUUCACCAGGAACCUCAUCAAAUACGACCUGCGCCAGCGUUUUGUGGCCGCCUGGUCCUUCCUGGAUGACGUGGUCUACGAGGACACCACGCCCUGGAAGUGGCGCGGACACUCCGACAUCGACUUGGCUGUGGACGAGAGCGGGCUGUGGGUGAUCUACCCGGCGAUGGAUUCUGGUUAUUCCCAGCAGGAGAUCAUCGUGGUGAGCAAGCUGGAUCCGGCCGACCUCUCCACGCGGAAGGAGGCCACGUGGAAGACCAGCCUCCGACGCCACGCUUAUGGGAACUGCUUUGUGGUCUGCGGCGUGCUUUACGCCGUGGAUGAGUGCAGCGCCAGGGAUAGCCACGUGUCCUACGCUUACGACACCCACACUGCCACCGAAGUCCAUCCCGAGCUGCCCUUCCGCAAUGAAUUUGCCUUCACCACCCAAAUUGACUACAACCCCAAGGAGAAAGUCCUUUACGGCUGGGAUAACGGCCACCAAGUGACCUACAAACUACAAUUUGUGGCUUGAGGAUGGGAAGCCCCGAAAUGCCAUGGGUGGGUCCCUGGAGGGGAUUGUCCGUGGGCGCAGGAUGGCCCCGGGAGAGAGAGACUCUGAUGGAACGCAUUUGAUGGAAGGGAUGGGGGCCGACGUCUGGCAGGUGACGCAAUCUCUCGGGGACAUUUGGGGUGCCUCCAGCAGCUGGCAGAGUUGGGGGGGGGGCGACAGCAAUUAGAAAGCUGCCAUUUGUCGCAGGCUUCCUAAUUGUGACGUUUCUCGCAAAGAGGGUACCCCCUUAAAAUAAUAUUCAUUUUAUCAGAGUGCGCUCAGUGGUACUAGUUGAGACAACCCAGGAGCAAUCGCAUCAAACAGAGAAUAAAUAGUGGUUUAUCUAUACAAAAGAAUAUACAUACACAUACUAGGUAAAGGCCAAACAAUCAGCAGCUACAGCAAGGAAGAUCACACGGAGAGUGAGAUACACCCUAACAGGUCCUCUCUUAUAAUACAGGCUCUUAAUGUGGUAACAGUCAACUAACCCUGCUGAUUCAUUACUACCAUUGCAUCAUCAUUACAGCAUUAGAGAAGCUGGCCAGCUAUUAAAUCAUCAUUAGCCUGACACAUUUUUUGCAAUCUAAGCAACUUUUCUGCAACGUUUACACAGUGAGGUUUAAGCCUUUGACUGAGUGGGAAGGUUCAGGCAUCGAGCUAAGUUCGAAGAGUCGUUUUCUUUUGACAGAGAGAGUUGUAAUUAUCAUCGCAAGGAGUCCUUGAGUUACGACCAUCAUUGAGCACACACACACCCAAUUUACAUGGCUACAGGAAAUUUGUUAA